CAUGGCCGCGAAUGUACCGAAAAAGUGAGAAACAUUACCGAAUAUCUGUAUAACUUCAUCGAAACACUGAUAGAAUGGACAAAAUAGAGAGUAUAAUUCAAGAUGUCCUCAAAGGACAGGUGGUAACAGACGAAUCGGCUGUCACCAUCGAUUACACACUCUCUGAUCAAGUGGAAGAACUUGCUGCGAAAGGUGUAGAAUCCUCUGUGAUGCCAGACUAUAAGCCCAUCGUAAAGAAAUCCGUCACCUAUAUUGUGGCGGCUGUGGCAGUCAACGAGAAGGGGGAGGUACUUAUGAUGCAAGAAGCAAAGAGUUCCUGCGCCGGUACAUGGUACCUGCCAGCAGGCCGGAUGGAACUUGGCGAAAACAUUCUUGAUGCCGUAAAACGGGAGGUCAAUGAAGAGACUGGGCUCGACUUCGAACCAACCAGCCUGUUGAUGGUAGAGUCAGCACAGGGACAGUGGUAUCGGUUUGUCUUCGUUGGAAAUAUAUUAGGGGGCGAACUGAAAACGGUCGCACGAGCCGACUCGGAAUCUCUCCAGGCCAGCUGGAUAGACGACAUCAGCCAGCUGAGCCUCCGUUGCAAGGACAUCCUUCCCGUCAUCGAGAGGGCGAGGCUCUACCACCAGACGCAGCAUUCGGAACCGUGGCAUCCGCCGACCCUGCCCGUGAUUCGUCCGCACGAAAAGCUCUACCUCAGGAUCGUCACCAUCAUACGCAAGAAGGCAAACAACAUGCUCCACGUGCUCGUCUCGGAGAAAGGAAACGCCCACCUGCCAAUGUGCGAGAUUAACCCUGCGAGAAGCGUUCACACGGCACUCAAGAAAUUUGUUCACUCAAUAUUCAGCUCAGAACCUCCUCCGCACAAGCCCCACGGAGUGCUGUCCCUGGAGCACAGCGGCGCCCCCGUCGGAGAGCACGACGGACUCUGCCUGGCGCUCCUCGUCUCGUGCAAGGCAGCGCUCGAAGACAUCUCCCUCUCUCCCGGUUACACGUGGCUCGAAGUGAGCACCCCGCUCAGCAACAAGCUCUUGGCGCGGACAAACAAGAACAUGACUGUGUUUCUCAAAGUGCAAUAAUGCCUAUUUUUACUGUGCUGCCACAUUUAAGGCUCCUUCCCCAUCGGGGACGGAUCGGUGGGGACGGACUCUCGAGACGAGAUGCCGCCAUUUUUAUGAGCAUUCGUUGCUUCCUGAAGUAAAAGGAAUGCUCUCCUAUUUAUAUGCAAACAAAGAAUUUACGACGUAUACAAUAUAUGCCUGUAUAACGAGCCUCGCUAACCUAUACAGCUACUAUGUAUGCACUAAUCAAAGUGAUUGAGAACUUAAUGUCAUAUCUUACCAGCAUCGAGAUCUACACAAGGUUGCCCCAUUUGCACUUAAUAAUGGCAAAGACCAAGUAUACUGAACAUUCCUGUGUGUGCCCGUCAACGCAUUAUGCUUAGACCCGUGUUUUCGGGUUUUGUGUGUGUGUGUUUUUUUCUCUUGGGGGGGGGGGAGCUGUAACAUAGGGUCAGAUCGGACUAUAUGGGUACAUGCAGAGUAGAAAAGCAGUUUUUUGGGUGGGACAUAAAGAACAACUUUAUUGUAUGAUGCUGAUUGGAGGGUUUCAUCACCAGGGGUGAUCUAGACUUACAUUUCAGAUGCUGAGCAGGCCUGCUUAAUGAGCAGUGCUUAGCAUUCUCCACUAUCCUUAUUGGUGACUGAAUUUGCAUUUUGGGCAAGUUGGGUGCAAGUCGGGAAGUAAAAACGGGUCUAACCGGGCUUAUCCCGAAACCACAAGGUCCCAGUUAUACUCUGGAUGCAAGUAUUACAUUUCACGUUGAACGCUAUAAAGUCUGGGGGCAAGAUUGUCUAUGCAAAUAACUUUACUGGAUUCUAUUUAUUCGCAUCUGGGAUGGUGUAUGAGAUCUCCAUUCUAGAGCCAUUUACAAUGAAUGAAAUGUAACGCACAUCUUUUCAUAUACUGUGUGUGUAUUGGUAGCUAUGUUGUGAUAAUGAACUUGAAUGAAUACCUUUUAUUCUCUA